AUGGUUGCGCUACAGACAUUACAUUUACUCCGUAAUUAUGAGACACUUAUUACGGAUGUGGCUCAAUGCGGUCCACUGGAGAACGCUGGUGGUGCGGGUGGAGGAGGUGGUCUCACGAGUGACCCCCCACAGGCGUCAACAAUGGCAACUGCGGCUCAUCCUCCACCCUUCAUAAAGUACGCACCUACCCUUUACGCUCCUCCAGGUGACAUCUAUGCAAAUGGUGGAAGUGGUAGUGGUGGUCUGGUCUCCUACUCCGAGGAGAGCACAGGUCAACCGCCUCCCGUCACACCUACCAUUCAGAUGCAACAAUUUCCACCUCAGCCUCAAUCUCAGCGUCUUGUCCAGCCUCCAACAAUCAUUGAUGCAGGCUAUUACAUGCAACCGUGUUGGGGUGCCUCUCCUCCAGGACCCACGGGUCCGCCCGGGGCGAUGAUUGGCCAGCCACAGGCGCCACCCCCAGUGCAGCAGCAGCAACAACAACAACCGAAUUUUGAUGAAUCACUAAUGAACAAUGGGAGCGUGGUCGUGGUCUCCUCCACCUCAUCCUCUUCACCAACUUGCUCCAAUCCAGGCGGUUGCACUGUCGUCAGUGGCCUAACGGUGGCUGGCGGCAGUGGUGGAUGCGGCGAUCGUAGACUUAUCACUCCUCCUAUGGGUCCACUGCCUCCCCCCCCGUCCACCGCCCCCAUGCCUGGGAGUCUCUACGGGCCCCGAUUUGCUACCGUGCCACUCUACCCCCAUAAUCCUGGUGCCACGGCCUGCAUUCCUCAACCAUCAUCAGCGGCAUACAUGCCGAUGCCACCGCACCACCAUGACCCCACCUGUCUCACGCCUGGAUUCGCUGGGGCUCCGACGAUGAACGGCCAGCGCCUCUACAUGCCUUCGCCCCAGAGUAGUGUUGGACUUGGGCCUCGAAUGCCCUCGGGCGGUGCACCACUGCGAGCUGCACCUGCGCUACCAUUCGGUUAUUUCUCACUGGCUCCGCCUACGCCUGAGGGCGUCACCGCCGCCUCAAUGUGCCCCACCGCUGCCCCUGGUCCCUUUUCUGCUCCCCAUGGACCUUCUCUUCUCCCACCCGACCAACAGGGCACCACUGGCCGUAAAACUGAUUCCACUACCACCAAGAAGAAGCGAGCUAAAACCGCUAAGUCUCGGGCAGCAGCUGCGCGCGGCGGUAACGGACGAGGCACGGGACUGGGCACUAGCGCCAACCCACCACCCAGGGUGGUGACGGUAGGUCCGCCCUCUGCGGCCGGCCUCGCGGGCCCACCACCACCACCACAGAUGAUGGGGCCGGGUAUGAUGCUGCCCACCGGUGUCUCCACACCUUCCCAGCCCUCUUUGUGGGCGCCCCGACCUGCGGGCCCAAUCAUGACUAACGGGUCCAUGCUGCCGAUGGCUCCUCCACCUCCUCCUUCGGCCACAGUUACCCCCGCCGUCUCCUGUGCUCUUCCUCCCAAGCUCGUCGGUCUCUCUAUGCCCCCACUUAACAGCGUUGUACAUACACCACCUACGCCGCACCAGCACCACCCUACGGCCGGAGCCGCCGCUGCCGUCGUCAGUAGUAUUGCUCCGCCGCCUCCACAACCCUGCCCCCCCACUGUCUACGCUUCACCUGUUCCACAUCCUCUUCCUCCUGAACAGACGGCUGAACGGUUAGUGUGUCCAAUCACCAACGGGACGGUGGUGCGCCCAAUGGUGCUGCAUUUAGACGAGGAACAGACGCGACAGUCACCAAACACGCUUCAGGUUCGGACCUUUGAAUUCGACGUCUCGAAGAAUCACUUGGAGACGAUAGUGGAGCGCCCCGACUUGGACAUUGUAGUGUGCAGCCACCUAGUGCACGAGCCGCUGCAGGUGUGCCACUGGCCUGCGGAAGCGGUACACAUCCGAUUCAACGGCACCAUCUUCCAACUCGAUCGCACCACCACCGUGGACGGCCAGCCUGCGCAUAGGGUGUGUGGAGUUAAAUCGCUCUGUCGACCCUCUCGUAACGUCAUCGAAGUCUUUCUCUCUCCCUCUCGUUCCCCUCCCCACCACUUCCCAAACUACAGUCUCAAGGACCAUCGAUUCGCUGUUUUUAUGGCACAUAUGCCGGCGGUGAGCAUGGUGCUGGACGGGCUGCUGCGGCGGGUACCUGAGGAAUCGCUCUCCCUCACCAAACUCCUCAUUACCUCGUGGCGCAACCGACAGGUCAGCGGUGGCCAAGACCAGCGUCCCGCCUCCACAACGCCCCCGCCGACAGCCAAUCAGGCAGUGGUGGCUGAGAUCAGUUUCGUUUGCCCCGUCUUCCGCUCUCGCAUGCAAAUCCCUGGUCGCUUGGUGGGCUGCCAUCACCUCGAGGUGUUCGACAUGGAGGCCUACCUCCAUCGCGAGGCCAUUUGGUCACGACUCCUCUGUCCCAUCUGCAGUAACGGCAGCCCUGCAGGUUUGGACAACCUCUAUAUUGACUAUUUUCUUCUAAAUAUAAUCCAGUUGGCGCCCAAGACUGUCUCCACGGUGCAGGUGCGUUCGGACGGCUUCUGGCGCCUCUCACCGCCUCUAGUGUGGCAGCUACCACCUGGCAUCGACCAGUGGCAGCCCAUCGUCGGUCCACCCACACAGGCCUUCGCUUUCGCCCUUCAAAUUGGUCCCACGCUUCUCAUGACCCAACCACCGCAACCACACCCAUCACCAUUUCAAUCCCAGCAACAGCAGCAGCGACCAGUCACCAUUAACGGACUCGAAGCUGCAGGACAAAUAUCUGGCAGACGCUCCUGUGGUACUAUAGCCUCUCCAACUACGGCUGAAACACCCUCACUGGUAUACUCAGGUUUGGAGGCAUCCUCCGGGGGUUUACAGAAUUUCACAGUUAACCCUCAUCACCAACCCUCUUCCAACCGGUGGAAUACAGAAAACGCUGCUGCUUAUUCAAAUUGUUCAGCUCAGGUAGUUAAGUUGGCUUCGCCGAAUCCUCUUUCGUCGGCAUCAGCAGCAGCGACCGCGUUAUCGACAGAACCAGGUGUGUCAGCCUCAACGAACCCAGUACCUCAAUCGACGAAUUGCAGAAAGCGCGUUCUCAGCACGAGUAGUGCGCAAUGCAUUGCUGUCUUACACCCGACAACUCAAACUGAGGGACAGGAGCUGCCGAACAGUAUGCCAGACCUCCGAGUGCGAUCAGAGGCCGUUAGCAGUCAGGCAUCGCUGCCCAAGUCACUACCAACUACUCCCACAGUGUUAAAGCCCUCACCGCCUACUUCUAUGUCCAAGGUUGGCAACAACAAUCUAUGCAAACGCAUUAGUGGCAACAACACCAACAUUGGUGGUGGUGGGAGCGUUAGUGGAGGUGGAAUCGGCGAGGGUGGUACCCAGUCCUCCACCUCUACAUCUCCCUCCGCUCAGCCGCCACUAAAGCGUCCGAAAGUAUCUCAUCGUCAGCUCACCGACGAAGAGGUUCGGUGGGCCUUUGACGGCCUGUCGGACCUGAACUACUUCGAUGACCCAGAACUAAUUCCUUCGGAGGGGAGACCGAAAUUUGAAUCAGAACCAACUCUGGCGUUUUGUCCAGUUUGCAAUGAGAAAGUGGUUACGCAUGUCGAACUUGAAACCGGGAAAUUCGCUCAACUCUGGGCAAUGAUACUUUGCCUACUCGGAGGAUGCUUUGGCUGCUGCUUCCUGCCCUUCUACCUAAGGGGCUUCAGUGACGCCACCCACACCUGCCCCAGAUGUGGCACGGUACUCGGAGCGAAUGCAAGGAGCUAA